CGGGUAUCAUAUAAUUACCCAUGAUACGUUUCGGUAUAAUUCAACAUGGCGUCGGGAGAACGAAAAGAGAAGAAGAGUAUAUUUGACCUGUCGAAGUUUCUUGACAAAGGCGUUCGGGUGAAAUUUCAAGGCGGAAGGGAAGCGUCAGGAGUUUUGAAGGGUUUUGAUGCUUUGCUUAACCUUGUGUUAGACAACACCAUAGAAUAUCUAAGAGACCCAGAUGAUCCAUUAAAACUGAGUGAUGAGACGAGGCAGCUUGGUCUAGUUGUGUGUAGAGGGACGGCUGUUGUACUUGUGUGCCCAAUGGACGGAAUGGAAGCUAUUGCUAAUCCAUUUAUUCAACAAGAAUCAUAGCCUACUAUAACCAUGUAAAAUACACACUGUGGAAUAUAUUUAUUUCUAUACAUGUCAUAGGAGAAAAUGGUCAUUCAAUCAAAAGUUAAGCCAUCUUUUAUUGAAGACUUGCAUGGGGUACCCAAAAACUGCUAACUAUAUAUUGGUCUUUUUAUAUAGAAAAAACUCAUUUUCAAUUUAAAUGUAUAGUUAUAUAUUGGAUGAAUGCAACCGUAUCAAUAUAAAACAGCACUGGUUUUUGUAAGAAAAUUCUCUUGUAAUAAAAAUUGCUUUUCUUUAAA